AGCUCAGGGCACACAGAUUCCUCCUAGCCCUGGUCCCUCUCCCCAAAGUAGGAGCCACAGAGGGCAUCUGUUGGCACAGGGGUGGGGGCAACAAUCAGCCAGCUACCCAAAAAGGAAGAUCAGGGCUUCCAGGACGGAGGACUAGGCUGCAAAGGGAGGCGACAUUAUGAGACAUCUGUGAAGAGGGAGUCCCCAGGGAAACUCAGAAGGAUGAAGCCUGUGACAUCAGCAUCUUCCCUGAGGGAAAUGACACCCAUGGAGCCAGGAUCUAAGUCAGUGUCCAGGCCAGCCUGGGAACCUGAGCUAGACCAGAGACCUCUAACCCAGCCAGAGCCUGGGCCAGAAAAAAGAUCCACAGCCCAGCCAGAAUGGAAAACUCAGCAGCAAUCCAGCACCCAGCAGGAGUUUGCAUCACAGCAAAGACCUCUCACCCAGCAGAAGGCCUUCACCCAACAUGAAGUCGAAUUCCAGCAUGAACCUAGAACCCAACAAAAAUCUGUGUUGCACCAGAAAUGUCUUGCUCCAAAGUCAUCACUCCCCACCCACAGAGUGUACAUCAGUCAACAGGAAGCUACCUUACUGCAGGGACCUGAUCCAGAAAAAGUGCCUACAACUCAACAGGAACCAGAAUGGAGACAGAAAGAUGUAGCCCAGCCAGGACCUGGGCCAACAACGCUAUCUCUUGCUCAAAAAGCUGAAUUAGCACCGAUAGCCCAGAAAAUAUCUGGACCCAAAAAAGGACCACCUGUCCAGAUGAAGUCUAUAUCCCAAAAGAGACCUGAACAGGCAGCCCCUAAGGCCCAGCAAACACCUCCAGUCCAGGGAGCCAAAUCCAAGGAAGGACCUUUGACAGAGUGGGAAUUUCUAACAAGACUUCACGAACUCUCUGUACAGCGAUCAGCCCCAGAGUGGAAGGUUUUCUUUGAACGGAUCACAGAUUCAGACUCAGAAUUAGAUGUUAGACCAUCUUCAGAGAAAGAUCUUCCAGCCACAACAGGUGGAACAGUGACUCCAGGAGUGAAGCCAGCCUCUCAAAGGAAACCUGGUUCUGAAAAAAUGCCAGGAUGUGGUGGAAAGUUACUACGUGGUAAGACUAGUGCCCAGGACCACAGGUGCUACCCAGACCCAGCCUCCCGGCUCAUGCACACCAUGGACCUGCGCACGAUGACCCAGACUUUGGUGACUCUAGCAGAAGACAACAUGGCCUUCUUCUCCAGCCAGGGACCUGGGGAGACAGCACGGCGGCUGACAAGCGUUUUUGCAGGUGUGCGAGAGCAGGCGCUGGGGCUAGAGCCAGCCCUGAUCCACUUGCUGGGUGUGGCGCAUCUCUUUGACCUGGACCCAGAGACGCCGGCCAAUGGGUACCGCAGCCUGGUGCACACAGCCCGCUGCUGCCUGGCGCACCUGCUCCACAAAUCCCGCUAUGUGGCCUCCAACCGCCGCAGCAUCUUCUUCCGCACCAGCCACAACCUGGCUGAACUGGAGGCCUACCUGGUUGCCCUCAUCCAGCUCCGCGCUCUGACCUACUAUGCCCAGCACCUGCUGGCCACCAACCGGCCAGGGGGGCUCUUCUUUGAGGGAGAUGAGGGGCUCACUGCUGAGUUCCUGCGCGAAUAUGUCACUCUGCAUAAAGGCUGCUUCUAUGGCCGCUGCCUGGGCUUCCAGUUCACGCCCGCCAUCCGGCCGUUCCUGCAGACCAUCUCCAUCGGGCUGGUGUCCUUCGGGGAGCACUACAAGCGCAAUGAGACUGGCCUCAGUGUGACCGCAAGCUCACUCUUCACCAGUGGCCGUUUUGCCAUCGACCCAGAGCUGCGCGGGGCCGAAUUUGAACGGAUCAUACAGAACCUGGAUGUGCAUUUCUGGAAAGCUUUCUGGAAUGUCACAGAGAUCGAGGUGUUGUCGUCUCUGGCCAACAUGGCGUCAGCCACCGUGAGGGUGAGCCGCCUCCUCAGCCUGCCACCCGAGGCCUUCGAGAUGCCACUGACCUCUGACCCCAAGCUCACUGUCACCAUCUCACCUCCCUUGGCCCACACAGGCCCUGGGCCUGUCCUCAUCAGGCUCAUCUCCCACGAACUUCGUGAAGGACAGGACAGCGAGGAACUCAGCAGCCUGGUGAAGUCUGAGGGACCGUGGAACCUGGAGCUGUGGCCCCGGCCGCAGCAGGCGCCCCGCUCGAGGUCCCUGGUCGUCCACAUCCAUGGUGGCGGCUUUGUGGCCCAGACCUCCAAAUCCCAUGAGCCCUACCUCAAGAGCUGGGCCCAGGAGCUGGGUGUCCCCAUCAUCUCCAUCGACUACUCCCUGGCCCCUGAGGCGCCCUUUCCCCGCGCGCUGGAGGAAUGCUUCUUCGCCUACUGCUGGGCCCUCAAGCACUGUGCCCUCCUCGGUUCAACGGGAGAGCGGAUAUGCCUUGCUGGGGACAGUGCAGGUGGGAACCUCUGCUUCACCGUGUCCCUUCGAGCAGCAGCCUAUGGGGUACGGGUGCCCGAUGGCAUCAUGGCAGCCUACCCAGCCACAACGCUGCAGUCUGCUGCCUCUCCCUCCCGCCUUCUGAGCCUCAUAGACCCACUGCUGCCCCUCAGUGUGCUCUCCAAGUGUGUCAGCGCCUACGCAGGUGCAGAGACAGAGGACCAGUCCACCUCAGACCAGAAGGCACUGGGCAUGAUGGGGCUAGUGCGGCGGGACACAUCCCUGCUCCUCAGAGACCUCCGCCUGGGCGCCUCCUCCUGGCUCAACUCCUUCCUGGAGCUGAGCGGGCACAAGUCCCAGAAGACACAGGUGCCUGUCGCAGGGAUAACCAGGGCUCAGACCCCCAGCAGCUGUCUGUGAGCCAGGAUGGGAGAUGAAGAGAUGACACAAACCCUGGAAAGUAGAGAUUCCCAGUCUUCUUGAGUGAGUGGCAGGACCCUCAGGCAGCCAAAAAUCACUUCCAUCUGGACAUCCACUUUUCCCCGCCAUAACUUUUUUUUUUUUUUUGGUACCGGGGUCUCGAACUUGGGACCUUGUGUUUAUGAGGCAGGCAGGAGAACAACUGAGCUAAGGUUUGAAGGGUUUUAAAGCACAACCAAUUAAUUUUCCACCUCUAGUACAUCCACAGUAUUUUCUGAGUAACAGGAAUAGUGCAUUCAAAAGUAGAUGCAGUUGCAGUUAUUCAGAAAAUUAUUCCAAUUGAAUGGAAUUGUAGGGGCCUGGGAUUUAGCUCAGUGGUACUGCCACCUACCUCACAAGUACAAGGUCCCAA